AUGAGUAACAAUUUCACAUUUCGAAACACUGGUCAGUUUACCAUAGCCACGAUUCCAGUGCGUACAUUCUUUGUGAGGGAACGGAACGAUGAGCCAUGGCGUUCGAAGUGAGAAAACGUUCGGAGAGGGGAGAGACAUUAUCGGAAAAUGGCCUUGCGAACGGUUUUUGUCAAAACGGAUGGGGAUAAGCUGGUUUUUGGGGGGAAAAUGAAUGAAAUAUGACAAAAUAUAAUUGACAAAGGUUAUAGUAAGGUUGAGACAAGAUAUUACAAGCCAAUGUUACCUAAAAAUAGCAAAAAAUCCAGAGAAAAACCGUUCAAAUAGAGGAAAAACGCGCCAUUUCCCCAUGAAAAGCCCGAUUUUCUCCUCUUCUUUUUCUCUCUUUCUCUCGCCCCACCGUCAAACCCAGUCGAAAAACAAGUGCCAACGCUAACCUAACCCUUUGCCUUGCCAUUUGGAGUAUCGCUUCUCGGCCUUUUGGCUAAGAUCAAAGUGUAGUAUCUGUUCUUAUCGGUUUAAUCUCCGGUACGACUUCUAUUGAAGUCAUUCGAGAUUAACAGAUUUUUGGGACCAGCUGAGUUGCGAAGGCUUGCCUUCCGCUCGGCAAGGGUCGACCCGGUCUUGCACCUACUUCCGGGAACGGCCCAUAUAUUUUUGUCUUUUUAUACAAAAAGAAUGGCAAGAACUUUCUUUACAAAACAAAAAAUAUCAAGAACUUUCUUUACAAGCCUCUAAAAUUAACAUUUUUUCAGAAAACUAGUCCAAGAUGGAUCAGAAAACGACUUGAACAAGACCUUAUCCGAAACUAAUGAUACUGUAACAGAAGGGAAGAGACUAGGGAGAGAUGCUCUUAACUUUAUGGAAACUGAUCUGAGUACUGAGCUUACUGUAAUGCCAUUGGGCGAGGAGAUACGUGGUAAGUUGAAAGAGUAGGGUAGGGUAGAGUAGGGUAGGGUAGGGUCUUGCACCUACUUCCGGGAACGGCCCAUAUAUUAACUUUGGUACUGGAAAAGCGGCCAUAUACAUUCUUUUAGUACUAAAAGUCCUGUGGGAGAAUUUUUAGUUCUAGUAGUACAGAUGCCGUUAUUUCUAAGGCUUUACGCUUAUUAAACUGGUCUAAAGGCUCGUUUGAGAUGCUUUUUAUAAUGGAAGUAAAGUGGAAGAUUUGUAAUGUAUUAUGCACUGAAAAUCUUCCACUCAACUUCCAUUUUUAAAAUGUCUUAAAAUGGUCUAAAAACACGUUUUUCACACAUUUUGGAAGUGGAAGUAAAGUGGAAGAUUUUCAGUGCAAAAUACAUUACAAAUCUUCCACUGAACUUCCACUUCUAAAAAUUGUAAAAUCUUCACUUUCAGCCGAUUUUAGGACUCAUAUUUUUAAAAUAUUUUUUUAAAAUUUUUUUUUUGAAAUCAAAUAGUGUCACAAAAAUCACAUUGUGAUCCGUUGUUACUGUGUUGUAUGUUUGUUCUGCUAACGAGAUUUUAUGUUUUCCAAAUAAUCGAAAAAAUCGUAAAAUGGAGCUAUAAAUAAUAACGGUAAUGUCAAAAGGUUUUUAUUCUGGCUGGCUUUCAUAAACAUAAUAUUGUUUUACAUUUUGUCAUGGUUUUAAAAAAUUUUGCCAUUUUUCUAAUUUUGGCCAUUUUGAAUACUACGGUAACUUAUAGCCAAGACUGUGCUUAUGGGUUCUGUUUGAGCGUUUUUGACUGUUUAAAUCAGUAAGUUUUAAUUUUUUUUCUACUGUGACCUAGUCAUAACCCUAUUCUCAGCCCAGAUCUCUAACCCAGAGCCCUAGCCCAGAGCCCUAGCCUAGAGCCUAAGCCUAAGCCUAAGCCUAAGCCUAAGCCUAAGCCUAAGCCUAAGCCUAAGCCUAAGCCUAAGCCUAAGCCUAAGCCUAAGCCUAAGCCUAAGACUAAGCCUAAGCCUAAACCUAAGCCUAAGACUAAGUCUAAGCCUAAGCUCUAGCCUUAGCCCUAGCCUUUGCUUUACCCUACUCUGCCCUCUGUUGUCAUUGCCAUGUCCCAGCCCUACCCGACUCUAGCAUACAUUGCCUAAAGCCUAGCUUGGCAUACUCUUAGUUUACCGUAAACAUAGCCUUAAUUACUGUAAUCUUCUCUAAAGUAAAAACCUAACAAGAUAAAAUAAUAUAUUAAGCUAAACAUUUCAGAGGUUGUAUGUGCAAUCCAGGUGACACCCUUCAAUGCACUUCGUAUUUGUCUUGUAUGUGUCAGCCUUGUUAUGGUAAAUAAAAAUUUCAUUCGUAUAAACCUUAUUGUGUUACAGUACUCCUAGCUAAAAAAAAUUUUUAAAAGUACACUUACUUUCUAUUUUUCUACCGUAACCAUAGUUUAUGUUUUACAGUAAUCACAUUUUGUGUUCUACAGUAACCAAAAUACAAUUUCAGUCUACUGUAGCUAGGUACAGCCUAGUAUGA